AUGGGUAUCCGACAGUCCAUGAGCGUGGGUCUGCGCCACCACCGUCAGGUCGGUUCCACGGUGGUUACAGCAGUCGAGGCCGUAUCGGGAGAGGGAAUCAGCGCGGAAGUGUCGAGACUCGAAACGGCCGUUCAAUCCGGGAAAGGUCAGUUGAGUCGAUUGGGUGUGGGUGUGGGAGUGGGAGUGGGAGUGAACACGGGAGUGGAGGACGCGGCUGAUUUUGUCUAUGCGGAGCUGGACGCAGCGAGAGCGCUCGCCACCAUCGGAACAGUGUGUCUGUGCUCGGGAGACUCUGGGGGUUCCCGAGAAUUUGAAGAUUCCGACGGGUCCGUGUCCGUGGAAAGGCAAGCGGCGAGCGAGACUGCGUUGAAGGAGACGUUUUCGAGCAGUUUAAUCGGCGGGAUUGAGCACGAACAGUUGAACGCGAGGAAGGCGGACGCGGAGAGCGUGUUUCAGAACGUACCACCGAGAAUUGUGUUUCCGGAUCCUGGCUCUGUCGUGAGCGUUGGUGAUGGUUUCGAUUAUGAUGCUGGUGCUGGUGUCGGUGCUGUUGGUGUGGUUGCUGGUGAUGGUGAUGGUGCUGGUGCUGGUCGUUUCAGCUCGUUGCGUGGGAAGCACGUGCGCGUUGCUGACGAGGGCGACAGGGUUUCCAUGCGUGCAGUGCGGGACGCCACGCGGUGGCUCACCAAGAGGAAGAGGACGGCGAGCCGAGUCCGUCGCGCGCGCAACCUGCGGUCGAGGAACGACCUGGUGAUUCGCCUCGUGCGGGACCUGUGCGAUCGCAAGCUUGCGUCGGCGGCGGCUGCUGCUGCUGCUGCUGCUGCUGCUGUCGCCGCCUCGUCGGUGGAGGACCGCGGACGUGGUAGUUCGGCGCCCGCUGCUGGUGCUGGUUCUUACAGUCGUCGGCUUCGAGAUGCGUCGGCUACAGAACACAAGGAGUUCUCCCUGGGCGCGAUGCUCGUGGUGGCACCCGUGGUGAGCGAGCACUUCUGCCUUCCAGAGGCUGGGGCGUGGAAGCAGCAGCUGCAGCAGCAGCAGCAGCAGCAGCAACAACAACAAGAGCAGCAGCAGCAGCAUCUGUAUCAGUUUCAGCAUCGUCAUCAUCAGCAGCAGUCGCUGCUGUUAUCUGGGCAACACGCGCCGGGCAGCGGCGGCAACGUCGUGAGCAACGUGCGCGUCUCCUCGUGGAGCGAGGGCCGCCGCUACGCGAAAGAGGCCGGAGAAGCUUCUACUCGUUACGCUGGUUUCCGUGGCUGGAGCGGCGCGAGCGGAGGAGGCGACGACGGCUCGAAUGUGGUGGUGACUCUUGAGGCCGCUCGUGUCCCGCAAGCCGCCGGAGCGCCGGAAUUGUUUUCCGCGCCGGACUUGUCUGCUGCGGAAUUGUCUGCGGCGGAAGUAUCUGAAGGGCUCGGAGUGUGCGUGUCGCCAACUGCGGACGCGCGUGCAACGAACGGAGGUUGCGCUGCGCUGCUGCGUGCCAAGGCGCGUGAGGUGGAAAGGGGUGAGGAGAGCGUGAGGACGGAGGAGGAGCAAGGGUUGGGUGAGCUCGCCGCGGGGCGGGGAGGGGGAGAUGGAUGGGUGGUGGACCAGGGGGAAGUGGUGAUGGCUGAUGAAGGGGACGCUGGAUACGUUGGGAACGCUGGUGCGGAUGGGGAGGAGGAUGAGGACGAGGAGGAGAAUAAGGAAAUGGUGGAGAAUCUGUUGCACGAAGGUGAAGGCGUUUCGUCACACGAAGACGCGGACAUGCCUGAUGCUGAGGCUGCUGCGACUGAGGCGCACGUUGCGACCGAGGCUGCGACUGCUGCGACGAGAGGAGAUCCCGGAUUGCUCCCGCACGGGAUCGCGCAAAUCGCACGGGUAGUCGCGCAGCAGGUUGCGCGCGAGGUCGCGGUGGUGCAGACGCUGGCGGGGGGCCUGUGCGACGGUUUGGGCGACGAGCUGGGCGACGGGGCGACGCUGGAGGUGGCGGUGCAGGGUCUGCUUCCGGAUAGCUGCGCUUUGAACCAAGUGGCUGUGGUGCCCGUGGUGUGCAUUCACGAGGGGCAUGCGGACGACUCAGAGGACGUCCGUAUGGGAGUGCUCGUUGAAAAUCGCAAUCACACCGCUGCUGCUCUCAGCCUUGCUGCUCCCAGUCACGCCGCCGCCACCGCCGCCGCCGUCGCUGCUGCUGCUGCAGCUUCUGUAGCUGCUGUGAAUUGUAAUGGUGGUGGUGGUGGUGGUGGUGGUGGCGGUGGUGGUGACGGUGGUGGAGGAGGUGCUGCUGUUCCGCACUACGAAGUGUCUGGUGACGAAGAGCCGGCCGUUUGUAACCCGGUUACCACCAUGCUGGAGGGUCCGUGCGACGGAGUGUCUGGAGAGGCGUCGGAUGAUGCGGGCGGCAACCCGUCUGAGGUCACGGAGAGCCAGGAAACGCCGCAACUCGAGGAGCAUGAGCAGGGUCUCUGCGAGUCUAAGCACGCUCACGGGUCGAUUGAGGGCCCUCUCCUUGCCCCCGCAGAGCAGGCGGCGGACGAAUUGGCUCGUUCGGUGCAGGCGCAGGAGGAGGAGAACAAGCGGUUACGAGAGGCGUUGGCAGCAGCGCGUGCCACGUGGAAGGCUGUGCAGGACGAGAACAGGCACCUGCUGCAACAGAUGACUCUCCAUGGCCUUGAGCUGCCCGCAUGCGUGACUGCCAAGGCGCAUCAUCUCAACAAAUCUCCUCCGCCGCCUCAACAGCAUCAACCACAGCAACUGCAACAGGACACUGCAGCGAUUUCACCCUUCUCUCCUCCGCCCACCUCCGCCUCCUCCUCCGCAGCAGCAGCAGCUGCAGCAGCGGCGCCAGCAGCAGGGCGUUGCCCCCCCGCCCUCCCCCCGUUCCUCUCUCCGUUCGCCCCUCCCCCGCCCUGGGCAUGCCAUCCCGCCAGACUGCCCCUCCCGCCCUUCUUCCGCUCAUCCGCGCUUCCCCUCCCCGCGCUCUUCCACAAGGGCCUCCCCGCAGGCCCCUGCGCCCCCGCCUGCGAUGGGGGCAGUGCGGUUGCAGUGCGCACAGAAGCUGGUACUAGGGAAGCUGAUAACGAGGAGAAGCAAGCCGUUUCCGCUGCUUCUGCUGGUGCUGCAGUUCCUGCAGUUACUGCAACGAAUCAGACCCAGCUGCCACCAGCUGUUGCUGUUGUUCCUGAGGGCUCUUCAGGGGCUGCCCCCUCCUCUCCUGCUGCUAUGUCAACCUCGGCAGCAGCAGCAGUAUUAUCUGCAUCCGCUCCCGCUUCUGUCUGUGCAUAUGCGUCUUCUGCUGCUGCAGCUGUUAAGUCCGUGCCCUCCCCUCCCAGUAGCUUCCCUGCCGCUGGUGCCACAGGAGGUCGCUCUGGGGGUGGUGGUACAGACGUUGCUGCGCAAGCUGCGUCUGCUGCUGCCGCCGGAUCUUCUCUCUUGAGCGGUGCUGCUGGUGCUGGGAAGGAAGGAGUGGAAAACAGCAGCUUAGGCGCCUCAGGAGGUGCAGGCGGUUCAGACGGCUCAGGGGGUACUGCAUUUGGAGGGGGCGGUUGUGGAAGUGGCGGGGUAUCGUCAGGAGCAGCAGGAGGGGGUGGUGGUAGCAGUGGUGGCAGCGCUGGUGGUGCUAAUGGGGUUCCCCGAGUUGCCAAGAAGGCUCAAAGCAGGCUGAAGGCUCGAGCACUGCAGUCCGCAGCAGCAGCAGGGGCGCAAGUAGCUGUAGCACCAGCAGGAGGGGCAUCAGCUGCUGUAGCAGCACCGGCAGUUCUGGCCCCAAGGGGGGCGGUGGGUACUGCUGCUGCUUCUGCUGCUGCCGCCGCUGUUGCUGCUGCUGCUGUGUCGACUGCUGCUUCAGGUUCUAGUGCUGCGUUUGCUACUGGUGCUGAUGCCGCAGCUGCAGCAGCCUCUGCUGCUGCGGCGGCGGCGGCGGCAGCUGCUGCUGCUUCUCGGAGCCGCAACUCGGCGUUCAGUCUCCCCAUCCGCCCCAUUUCACGCAAGUCGGGGGUGUCGCCUUGCCCUCCCCCCACUCCGCGCCCCUCACCCCCAGCCGGCCCCUCCUCUGGUGCGUCAGGAGCAUUGCUAGCAGCAGCAGCAGCCGGCGCUGCUGCCGCCGCUCCUGGCGCCACAGGUUGCAGCGUGGCCGCUGGUAAAUUUGUCGAUAAUUCCGUACUCGAGAGUAACAACAGUUUCUUGGCAGUUUCAGCUGGUGCUGCUGGUACCAACAACAGGUCGUCGUCUUGGGAGAAAAGAGCAUCCGGCUCAUUGUCGCCGACUGCAGCAGCAGGUGGGUUAUCAACAGGAGCAGCCUCUGCUGUGGAGGCUGUAAGAUCGCCCCCGUCUUCCCCCGGUGCCAUGGCUUCAAGUCCUGGUGGGAAGAAGCGGGCACGGGACGAGGGGGGAGACGAUGUGGGACGGCCAGCGCCCAUGCCUGAGCCGCUGGUGGUGCUGCUUCCAGGGGGAGUGCGAAUGCCAUGCCCCUGGCCUGCUCCUCUCCCCCGCCCUCCUAUCAUGCCGGUUUCGUCAGCAGUGGCCGGAGGAGUGGGAUUGGGAGGAGUGGGAGGAGGAUGUGUGAUGGGGCCAGUGGCUGUGGGCAUGGGAAGUGCAGCUGCAGAGGCGCGGAAGCGGAGGAGGGAGGUGAAGAGGAGCAAGGGCAUGAUGGGUCAGGCGAUGGUGGCAGGUGCACAGUUUACUACCGGGGGUGCUGCUGCUGCUGGCGGUGGUGCUGCUACUGGUGGUGACGGCGUGGGUCCAGCAGCUGCUGGUGCUCCUAUUGCUGCUGCUGCUGCUGCUGCUGCUGGAGUAUUUGUUCAGGCGCCAGGGGAGGCGUUGAGGGGUCUCGGGCCAGCCACAGACGCUGCUUGCCGCUCUGCCCUGCUCUCUACCGCACCCACUUGUUAA